AGUUUAGACACUAGUUUUUCCUCUCAAGUACUACGGAAGGGGAAAGGUUAAUUUUGUGUUUGUGGGUCAUAUCUCGUUAAAUUUGAAGAAUUUUGGUUUUUAGACCCUUUCAGAAUGGGUGCAAUUUUGACUCUGGGAUACAAUAGAUACAUGUAUCCAGAUCUUUAUCCUGAACCAGAUACUAUACCUAAAUCUGACCCACUAUAUGGGUUUCCUGAGGGUAGACAAGAAAAAGUUAUGGUUGCUACAGAAGAUGAAAUGUAUAGUGCCAAGGUCCCUUUGCCAUUAAGAGACUACUGUGCUCACAUGUACAUUGACUUUCUAAAAUGUAGGAAGGAAAAUUUUCCAUUUGUGGCGAAAUGUCAUCAUGAGAAGCAUGCUUACCACAACUGUGAAUAUGGAGAGUACAUAGAUCGUAUGAAGGAUUAUGAGAGAGAACGUCGGUUAAUGGUACGAGCUAAGCGAAUUGCAGCAAACGCAAAUGCUGCAUAGGACAACAAAGGUUAAGAAAACUUCAACACUCAGAAUGUAGUAGAUAAGUUGUUCUUGUUUUUAUGUAAAUAUUUUCAAUAAACUAUUGAUUACAAUUAGA